AUGGCCGCCCUCCUUCCAGCGUUCCACGGAUUCCACCUGCAGCAACCCCUGUCAAGGCAAUCGGGUGCUUGCCGGGAAACUGCCCACCAGGCCGGGAACAUGUUCAGUCAUCAGGGGAUAGACGAGAGAGCGAGCCAAUGGAGGAGCACCGCCGUCAUGUUGGCACGGCGAGGUGCUGCGAAAAAGCAAGGUACCAAGUAUAGGCCAUUCGACGGCAUGUUCCCUGACUGUGCUGUGUUGGACCCUAGGUCACAUUAUUGA